AUGGCGAACCUCUCGCAAGACGAUCGAAUCACCAUUAAAAAAUACCCUUUGAACAACUCCCUAGAUCAUUUACAGGACUUGCUUCAAGAUACAGAGAGGUUCUACACAACACACCUAAUUUCUGAUGAUGGUGCUCUCGAUGGCCUUGAUGAGGCCUGUCAAAAGACAGUAUCACGACUUCUCUCUGCUUUGCAGGGUACAGACGCAGCUCUUGUUCUUCAGUCAAGGAUUAGCAGUGGCAAUGUAGCAUCAGAAAUGGCGCGUCUAUUUGAGCGUGUUCAAAAAGGCGACUUCAGCUACACCUACUACCGCCUCCUGGUGAAGCUUGUCAUCCAAAAAGCACCUGACUUUGACAUCUGGAAUGCUGUCCUUAGCCUCAUUGCAACUUCCUCACAGGCUACUCCUCCACCCCGCCCUAUUGCGUCCCUUCAACAGACCCCUUGGCUGCGCAACACCAGCAGUUUUGUCAACUCAACAGAAUACCGAAAGCAUGUUGACACUAUAUUGAAAGAGGAGCUCGGGGACCUCCACGCGGACAUUCCUGGUUUUCUUGAAGCCUAUUUUGGGAAUAUCUCAGGUCUUGAUUCAAUCACACGUGUUGUCUUGGAUAAGUGCAAGGAAGGAGAUCACCCGCUAUACAAUGAAGAGAAGGGGUGGAGGGACUGGCCAGAGCAAGCAGUGGAAAAGGAGGUGCUAAAGUGGCUGGCAGAUGUUAUCAGAGAGCUUGUGCAUUUUGUGGAGACACAUGACUCGGCUCAGAAAAUUGACCGGAGGCCUCUCGCGCAGCCCACCCGGCCUCUAGAGGGAUCUAUUGCAACACGGAAACUUGAUAUUGGCUUUGUUAAUGAUCCAAGUGCCACUGAAGACUCCAGAUGCCACUGGUCUGAGAUUCUUGUACCCGGGGAACUGAAGAAUGACCCCAAAUAUGACAGCCUCUCAAGAGCAUGGCUUGACUUAGGAAGGUACGCCAGAGAGGUCCUAGCUGCCCAGGAUUCACGUCGUUUUGUUCUGGGGUUCACUCUCUGCGGGCCAUUCCUCCGCCUGUGGGAAUUCGACCGCCUUGGGGGGAUAGCAUCAGAGAGCUUUGAUAUCAACACUGAUGGUCUCCAAUUCAUAUCCAUUAUUCUUGGGUUCCUCCUGAUGAGCCCGGAACAGCUUGGAUUCGACCCCACUAUCAUCACUAUUGGAGGCCAACGUUACAUUGAGGUUGAGAAAGAUGGUGAAAAGGAAAGACUUGUUAUUGAUGGUGUAAUUGGGCGGGCGCGCUGUAUUGCUGGUCGAGCCACAACUUGCUGGAAGGUACAUCACAAGGAUGACCCACAAACCCUGCUGGUGGUCAAGGACUCAUGGCAGUAUCCAGAGCGUGAUGAGGAAGGAGAGCUUUUGCGCGAAGCAACAGAGAGUGGUGUCACCAAUGUUGCUAGGUACUACCAUCAUGGGACCAUCCGCAUCAACAACAAGAAUGAUGAUGUCUUGAGUAUUCGAAGAGACCUAAGCAUUCCGACAUUGAAAUCCAGGCAGGGCAGUGUGAAGCCAACCACUAGCUGGAACAGGUCGCGCCGAGGGCGAAAGAACCAAGAUAGUGCUUCUGGACAGAAAAGGUCUUCUGACUGUGUGGAUACCCUGCUUCCUCCUCCUCCCAGCAAACGUACUCAGUCAAGCUCUCCAACCAAAUCCCCUGCAAACAGCACCCCACUGAAUCGAGUGCACCGCCGUGUAAUUGUCCGGGACUAUGGGAAGCCAAUCUAUGAGAGCAGCUCAAGGGUGGCCCUGCUUGCUGGGCUAGAGGGCUGUAUCAAAGGGUAUGAUUCCCUCUAUCAAAACACCGGGAUGAUUCAAUGUGAUAUCUCCCCUCGGAACCUACUGGUGAAUGAAGAUGAUGAUAACCCUUCCUGGCCGGCUUUUUUGAUUGACCUCGACCUCGCGAUCAGAGUGGAACGGGAUGGCUUCUCUGGAGCGCGAGGUAAGACUGGUACUAGGGCAUUUAUGGCUAUUGGUGUACUAUACGGCGAAAAGCAUUCCUUCAUGCAUGAUCUUGAGUCAUUUUUCUGGGUGCUCUUCUGGAUAUGCAUCCACUAUGAUGGCCCCGGGAAGGGAAGGAUUGUUGAGAACUUUGAGGAGUGGAACUAUGUUAACACAGAGAAGCUGGCCAAUGAGAAAAAAGGGGUUAUAGCUGAUGAAGGGGACUUUCUCAAAAUUGCUGAGGAAAAUUUCACUCCAUACUAUCAACCCUUGGGCUCUUGGGUCAACCGAUUACGCCGAGUCGUCUUUCCUGACGGUAGGCGGUGGAAGAAACUGAAUCCACACCUCAGUUCAGAGAUGAUGGACGUCCUUCGGCGUGCACAAAGCGAUUCGAAUGUUAUAGACCGGGGCUCCUAAUGAAGUAAUUUUACUUAUUGUUUCUCUCACCAGGCCUUUCGGCACCAUGCUGUUGAUAUUGCUCAAUUGUCCAAAGUUCGACAUUCUCUUCUUUGCGUUAUCGGGAGUCGUGGACAUAUGUGGUGUGCUCGAUGUGCUCCGAGUGCGAAGUUGGCGUGGUACGCCUUGAGCCAGGAAGUACACCCGGUUUAUGAGUGAUCAAGUGGUCAAUGCGCAAUUGGACUUUACCGUUAUCUCAUUGCCAGAAGACGCUUUGAAUAUUCAAAGUCAAUCUCCUCGACAUCUCGCGGUGAUCUCCAUACCCAUACUGGUCAUCUCGGUAGCUACUCUGGCCAUUUAUUUCUAUCGUACGGUCGAUUGUUCUAGGUUUCUGGUAAGGGAGGCAACAAAGGCAGGUAGUACACCUCAGGUUUUGCUGCGCAAGAGAGAAAAGGUAAGGACUAGGGACUGGACGCGUCAAAUCUGGCAGGCAGAUGGGUUGUCCAGUCUAGUAUCAUCCUCUUCUUUCCCACCGGUUCUGUGGCUUCGGCUCCCCAAAGACCUGCUCCUCCACAUCCAGAUCGAUACCCGUGUCGCCAACUGGGUGAUGUCCUCAUCAUUCUGUGCAAGAUCUCCAAACUUCCGUUGUAAAAGUUUUGACAAUGUGUGACUUGUUAAUAUCACUUCAAAACCCAUCCACCCCAG